AUGGAUGGGGGUCUAGGGGAGAUGUCCCUCCACUCGGAUCUGGCUCAGGACGGCAGGGCCAUGCUGCACUCACGGGACCUCUCAGCUGCUUUCCCCAGGCCCUCCCUAGGGGGCCCCUCCAUGUCUCUGGAGCCUGAGCCCCGUCCGCCGGGCUUUGACCACUCCAUGUCGGCCCUGGGAUACAGCGGUGACUCCCCGUCCAGCUCUGGAAGCACCUACACCACGCUGACCCCCCUGCAGCCCUUCGACGACAAGUUCCACCACCACCAUCACCACCACCACCCCUGCCUGCCGGUCAGCAAUGUCAUCGGCAGCUUCACCCUGAUGCGCGAGGACCGGGGCCUCAGUACCAACUUCUACAACCCCUAUGGCAAAGACCUGGCCAUGUCCCAGAGCCUGUCCCCACCCACCACGGGUUCAGGCCUGGCCACCUCCAUGCACGGGUACGGCAGCCUGGGCAACAGCCCCAAUGGAAACGGCGGGCAGAUGCUGCACGCCGGAUACGACGUCCACGGGGGCAGCCUCUUCUGCCGGACGUCAGAUUUCGGGCGUGAAAUGUCGCCGCCGGGUCUGGGCGGAGGUGACGUGUCGGUGGGGCAUCAGCUGAACAAGAUGGAGGCUCACCAGCACGCCCAGAGCCACCACCCGCACAUCUACAGCCAGCACUACCAGCCCCACCAUCACCCGAGCCAGCAGGCCUCCAAGAUGGGCGAGCACCUGCACUCCACGUCCUCCGCCCUGUCCUCGCCCAACGAGAGCAUGAUGGGGGGCUCGCAGGGCGGCGGAGGCGGCGGCGGCGGCGGCGAGGAGAUCAACACCCGGGACGUGGCCCAGAGGAUCAUCACCGAGCUGAAGAGGUACAGCAUCCCCCAGGCCAUCUUCGCCGAGAGGGUUCUGUGCAGGUCACAGGGCACGCUGUCCGACCUCCUGAGGAACCCCAAGCCCUGGGGCAAGCUCAAGUCCGGCCGGGAGACCUUUAAGAGGAUGUCCCGCUGGCUGCAGGAGCCCGAGUUUCAAAGGAUGGCUUCGCUCCGGCUGGAGGCCUGCAAGCGGAAGGAGCAGGAGCAGAGCAAGCUGGAGCGAAACCAGGGCCCGAAGCGCACCAGGCUGGUGUUCACGGACCUGCAGCGGCGUACCCUGUUGGCCAUCUUCAGGGAGAACCACCGCCCGACCAAAGAGCUGCAGAUCACCAUCUCCCAGCAGCUGGGCCUGGAGCUGUCGACCGUCAGCAACUUCUUCAUGAACGCCCGCCGACGCAACGUCAACAAGUGGGCAGAAGAGGGCCGUCCCUCCUCCACGGGUUCCUCGGGCUCCAGCGUCUCCUCCUCCGCAGUGUCCUGCAGCACGGCAUGA